AUGAUGUUACAAAGAUGUCUUCUCUUGUGAGAAGAAAUGGAAGAAACUGGUUCGGUGUUACAAAUCAGCCAACUCCACAAAUGGUGGUGGGGCCAUGUUUGCAAACAUUGCUUGAGUUGCCUUUUUUCCAACACCAUCACAGCCCAUGUUGCUCCCCAAAAAUGAUCAUGUUUUGACAGAUCCAGUGCCUCUGCCACCAGCGUCAUUUCCUCCUCCGCCACCACCAUUGCCACCACCGAAUGAGGCUGAUUUAUGCACUGAUUCACUUUCUCAGUUGAGAAUAUCACCUCCGGUGGCAGGGAUUACGAAUGGGUUGCAAAAUAUAGUGAUUGAUGUGGCUGCGGAUUCUGGGGUUGAUCACGAGAAAAUUGAUCCUCUUGGCAGCCGGCAGAGAGAAAAGAAAUUCUCACCAGAUAUAGGACAACAAAAUCUGAGAGAUGCAGGAGAUUGGCGUGCUUCGUCUGCACUUCGUGAUGAACUCGAUAUGUUGCAAGAAGAAAAUGAAAAUAUUGUUCAGAAGCUCAGACUUGCAGAAGAGAGUUGGGAAGCAGCUGAAGCAAGGGUUAAGGAGCUUGAAAAACAGGUAACUGCUCUUGGAGAAGGAGUUUCUUUGGAAGCUAAACUUUCGAGCAGAAAGGAAGCAGCAUUGCGUCAAAGGGAGGUUGCUCUUAAAGAGGCUAGGCGUGCAAAAGAUGACGUGGAAGUGUCAUUAUUGCAUUCUGAUAUUGAGCUGGCAAAAAAAGAGUCAGCGGCUGUUGUUGAACAACUGCGUGGAACUGAAGCUGAAGUUAAAGCUCUUCGCUCUAUGACACAAAGAAUUGUUUUGACCCAACAUGAAAUAGGAGAUGUUGUUCUUAAAAGGUGCUGGCUGGCUCGAUAUUGGGGCUUAGCUGCUAAACUUGGCAUAUGUGCUGAUAUUGCUGCGUCAAAACAUGAAUACUGGUCAUCUUUGGCUGUCCUAUCCGCUGGACAGAAGGCUAAGGAAGAACGUUGGGACAAAGGUCAUAACAACUCACAAAAAUGCAAACUUGUUGAAGAUUUUGAUCUUACUGGAGAUGGAAACAUUGAGAGCACCCUAACAGUUGAAAUGGGCUUAAGAGAACUUGCUUCUUUGAUGGUUGAAGAAUCUGUUGUUCGUGCGUUGGCUCAACAAAGAAGACAUACCUCCACUAAGACUUCGAUUCCAGAUUUGAGGUCACCAAUUGAUCCGAAGUAUACGGAAGCAUUCAAACUGAGCGCAGAGGAAUUUGAGGAUGUACUCUUCAAAGAGGCAUGGCUUACAUACUUUUGGAGAAGAGCUAAAGCUUAUGGUAUAGAGGAAGAGAAAGCUACGAAGAGACUCGAGUUCUGGAUCAGCCGAGUGGGGAGCCACGAGACAUGGUGCAGCGACGAUUUCCGGAGUUGCUCCUUGGGGACAAGUUCGCUCUUAAGGAGGGGGGAGUUGAUACGUGAAUAUCUCAAGAAUAUCCCCAAAUCUCUCUUAUUUAGUUAACAUAUCUUUCCAUAUAUUCGUAGUAUCUUUAUUU